UCUUCUUUCUGAUAGGAGAGAAAAGGGUUCGUGCCUUUUCAUGUCAUUUACCCACAAACUGGUUGGUGGGUCUGCUCUCUCCUUUCGAGAAUAUAAUACCAACAAAUGAAAUCGAGCGGGAGAAGCAGCUUGCUUGUUUGUUUUUUUCUUAAUUUGAAUUUCAAAUAUCAAACCUUGUAACCCCCCCCCCAGAUUAUACCCACAAGUCUGCGUCGUCUCUGAUAAUCAUUUAAUCAAUCAGAGUUUCUAACUUCAAGGCCUUUCUUUUCUUUUUUUUUUUCCACUCAAAUCAAAUACCCAUGUUUUUUAACUUGCCAAGGUUUUGGUCUCUGAGGUUUGAAGCUUUUAGAUCUCUUCAAGAUUCGUUUUUUCGUAUUCCACUUCUACUUGUUCCAUCAUUGGAAACUCGUUAUUGAUUCAUAUAGUUUCUAACUUCAAAGGACGCUUGCUGUUUCUUCAAUGGGUGCUUCAGGGAAGUGGGUAAAAUCAUUAAUAGGUCUCAAAAAGACCGAGAAAGACGAGAGUGAGAAGGGAGUUGUGAAGAACAAAAAAUGGAAGCUGUGGAGGAGUUCUUCGGGGGAAAUGGUGUCUUCAUGGAGAGUUUUCAAGGGUAAACAUGGGGCAGAAUCAGAAGGAUCAGAAUCUUCAUCUGUGGCUGAUGCUUUUUCAGCUGCAGUGGCCACAGUGGUUCGAGCUCCUCCUAAAGAUUUCAGAGUUGUUCGACAAGAAUGGGCUGCAAUCCGGAUCCAAACUGCUUUUCGUGGAUUCUUGGCAAGAAGGGCGUUGAGGGCAUUGAAAGGGGUGGUGAGACUUCAAGCUCUGGUUAGAGGUCGACAAGUGAGGAAGCAGGCAGCUGUGACAUUGCGGUGCAUGCAGGCUCUGGUUCGAGUUCAAGCCCGAGUCAGAGCUCGACGAGUGAGAAUGUCCAUUGAAGGACAAGCAGUGCAAAAGAUUCUUGAUGAACAUAGAAGUAAGAUGGAUCUGUUGAAGCAGGCUGAGCAAGGAUGGUGUGACAGUAAAGGGACUUUGGAGGAUGUUAAAGCAAAGUUACAAAUGAGGCAAGAAGGAGCUUUUAAACGAGAAAGAGCAAUUGCUUACUCUCUUGCCCAGAAGCAAUGGAGAACAAAUCCCAGUUCAAGCACACUGCAGAAAAGCUCUGGUUCUUGGCUUACCAAGCAAGAAUUUGACAAGACUAGCUGGGGAUGGAGUUGGCUGGAGCGUUGGAUGGCAGCCAAGCCAUGGGAGAGCAGACUAAUGGAACAGUCACAAGCUGAUCCCUCAAGCUCAGAGGCAACACUACAUCCAAAGAUUAAAGUUAGAAAGAACAAUGUAACCACUAGAAUAUCUGCAAAACCUUCAAGUCCUAGUUGGGAAUUUGGGUAUUAUGAUGAGAGCUCUGCAUCAUCAUCCAUGUGUACCUCUGCAACACCAGCUUCUGGCUUGACUUCUGAUAGAACAGAAGAUAGUAGUAACAAGCCAAAUUACAUGAGCCUGACUGAGUCAACUAAAGCAAAGCAGAAAGGUGGGUGCAGAACCCAAAGACAAUCCAUGGAUGAGUUUCAGUUUCUAAACAAGUCAGCAGCAUUCUGUAAUGCUGUUUCUAAUCCAUAUUCAGUUAAUAUCUCAAAACCCAUUUAUCAACAUAAAAGCUCCUUGAAGCACAGGGAGGGAGAAGUGCUUACAUGAAGUAGGAACUUAUUUGGGAAUAUCAAAUCUGUUGUGUUGUUUGGGAAAAUAUGUAUUCAGUUCAAAUCUAUGAACUUUGUAAAAUAUUGCUUUGUGCUUAACUAGAAAAACACUUCAUUUUUUUU